CAGUAAAAUAAAAUAAAAAACUCUUAAACCCUCAAAAAACCCAAAAAGGAAGACAUUCUUGAAGCCGAAAAGCUAUCCAUUCGAAGCAGAAAGAGCAGUUAACAAUGGCUUCAAACGCCUCAAUUUUCACCAGCAAUUCUCUCUUAUCAUUGCGGGUCGUGGGGUUUCCCCGAUUUCCCAUUUCACAACUCCAUACCCGAACCCGAAUACAGCCAAACCCACUUCAUACAACCCGACUCGGACUGUCUUCUUCUUCUUCUUCUUCUUCUUCUUCAUCUGUCAGUGCUUCAACUAAUGGAUUGAAAAGUUUGUAUCUUUCUGAUGUUUGGGCUAGACGCUUCGUUACUAGCAGUAAUUUUCAGAUGUCAGCGGUUUCAGGCGACGGUGGUGGUGGGAAUGGAGGUUCCGGUGAUGGAAAUUCAGGUGGUGGUGACAAUGGAAGUAACAGUGGUGGUGGUGAGGGUGGGAAGAACUGGUCAUUGCUUGCCUGGUACUUAUCUCUUCUUGAGAAGUAUCCAGUAUGGACAAAAGCAGUUACAUCUGCAUUGUUGACACUUUUUGGAGAUCUAAUCUGUCAGCUGUGGAUUGACCAAGUAGCAUCUGUGGAUGUAAAGAGGACGCUUCUGUUCACAUUCUUGGGGUUGGUUUUGGUGGGUCCAACUUUGCACUUUUGGUACCUCUACCUGAGUAGAUUGGUCACAACUCCAGGGGUAACUGGUACUCUCAUGCGUCUUGUACUAGAUCAGUUCCUUUUUGCUCCAAUUUUUGUCGGUGUUUUCUUAUCCUCUUUGGUAACACUUGAGGGAAGAUCAUCACAAGUGAUUCCAAAGCUUCAACAGGAGUGGUUCUCAUCUGUCCUUGCAAAUUGGCAACUUUGGAUACCUUUUCAAUUUUUCAACUUCCGGUUUGUGCCUCAGCAAUUUCAGGUCCUUGCUGCUAACUUCAUAGCUUUAGUGUGGAAUGUCAUACUGUCAUAUAAAGCCCACAAAGAAGUUAUUGUAAAAUAGACUUAAGGUUCUUGCUCCGCUGCCUACUGAUGCCGAUAAUUUGGAAUAGGCAUGUGAUUUACGCUGCGCAAGAUAUUUGUUCUUUGUAUGUUGGUAUUGAUCUAGGCUGAAAAUGUUUUUGGUGUUUACUGUUCCAGAUCAAUAGUAGUAUAAAAUAUGGUUUACUGGGAAUAUUUUGCUUCUGUAAAGUCGAAUCUCUCAUUUACAUUCUCUUUGACUCCUGAA